AUGAGUAAGCAGAGGCUGCAGAGCGAUGCGAGCAAGCAGAAGCUGCAGAACGACGCGAGCAGUCCAAGCGUGAGCAUCAGCUGUGAGUGCUCCAGCUCCAACUCCAGCAGCCCUUUCCAGCCCGAUGUUGCUGUUAUUGGGAAGAUGAACUCUAAUUCUUCAGUCAUAAUGACGUCGACCACAUACAAUAAUAUGACUCAGGAAGUUGCUGUUAUUGGGAAGAUGAAUUCUUCAGUCAUAAUGACGUCGACCACGUACAAUAAUAUGACUCAGGAAGUCAGUGUUAGUGCAGUGUCAGAGCACAUCAAGAUUUUUCUAUACGUCUUAGUCUUCAUCUUUUUCAGCCUCUUCCUCUUCUUCAUCUCUCUGAUACUGCACAUCUUCUUCAGCACUCCCAGCAUCCGAGAGCACGCCCGCUACAUCCUCUUUGCUCACAUGUUAAUCAAUGACUCCUUGCAUCUGGUGGAUGGACUAUAUCUUCUGAUUGUCGCCGUGAAUGCUGUAUACAUACCGUUUCCUAUUUGCUAUGUCUUUGUCUCCAUGGCGACAGUUUCCUUUAGGGUUACCCCCUACAACCUGGUGGUCAUGGCUCUAGAACGCUAUGCUGCCAUAUGUUUCCCUCUGACUCAUGUGACUCUUUGUACGCCACGGAGGUCUAAAUUUGCCAUUGCCAUCAUAUGGUUCCUUGGACUUAUACCAAAUAUAGUUGACUGUGUUAUCCUGAGUACUUCAGUGAACAAGAAAAUCUUUUCCCUUAGCAUAAUAUGCAGCCGCAAAUACGUAAUAGUGAGCCAAAUCCAAUCGCUCCUAAGCUCCAUUUUCCUCUUCACCAGUCUCGUGUUGGCUGGACUCAUCAUUGCUUUCACCUAUAUACGUGUUAUGUACAUUGCCAAGAACAUGAGCUCCCAUAAUGGCUCGGCCUCAAAAGCUGGGAAAACCGUCAUGCUCCAUGCCGUGCAGUUUCUCCUCUGCUUAUUUUCCUUAACAUCCUCAGUAUUUGAAGAACGCUUCAAAAACAGUUUUUACCAUCUCUCCCUGGUCAACUUUCUCAUCUUCAUGUUUCUUCCCCGGUUCCUCAGCCCCAUCAUUUAUGGUUUAAGGGACCAAGCGCUUAGCAAAUGCAUGAGGAAUCUUCAACUUGUAAGGGUUCUAUUACCCUGCAUGAUUUCAGGCCAGUCAUGA